AAAACCAAACUGAUUAUCAAACAGAGGUCGAAUUCGAAAGAGAGGUCAAGUUUUCAUGUGGUAACAAAACAUGGCGAAGGGAAUAAAAAGACCACGAGGCGGUAAGAAUGUGAAAAGUAACGGAAUCGAACCCGAUUCUAAGAAAUUAAAGAAAUGGACAAACAAACAAAGGGUCCUGGUUUUUUGUCAAAGAGGCAUUGAUCACAGAGCAAGGCAUUUGAUGCUGGAUUUGAGAACUCUUCUUCCACACUCAAGAGCAGACAAUAAGCUGGACAGAAAAGAUGAGCUACCCGUGAUAAAUGAGAUUGCAGAAAUGAAAAAUUGCAACAAAUGCAUUUUCUUUCAUAUGAAGAGAAAGGAAGAUCUUUAUCUAUGGAUGUCUUGUACUCCUCAUGGUCCUUCUGUUAAGUUCCUUGUUGAAAACAUUCACACAAUGGAUGAACUAAAGCUUACUGGAAAUUGCCUGAAAGGAUCUCGUCCAUUGUUGUCAUUCGAGAAGGCGUUUGAGGAGACAUCCCAUAACAAACUGCUUAAAGAGAUGCUAACGCAGAUUUUUGGCACGCCAAACCUUCACCCCAAAAGCAAGCCUUUCUUCGAUCACGUCUUCAACUUUUCGAUUGUCGAUAACCGAAUAUGGUUCCGACACUAUCAGAUUGUCAACCAAAAGGAUUUCUCUUUGAACGAAAUAGGACCAAGAUUUGUUCUCAAUCCAAUCCGAAUUUUUAGUGGCAGUUUUUCCGGCUCUACGAUUUACGAAAACCCUCAUUACAUUUCACCGAACCAGUAUCGAAUGCUGUUACGGAAAAAAGCCGCUUACAAGUAUCUUCACAGACAGAAAGCGUACGAGAAGCUUGGGGAGAGGAGGAAAGAUAUGGAACUUCCCGUUGAUGAGCUAGACAGAGUUUUUCAUACUGUUACCGAGGCAGACAUCUUGGCAGCCAAAAACCAGUAAAUUUUAUGUUAGAUAUUUCUAUUCCUUGGAUGAUUCUUUGGAUUUAAAAAUAAAAGCGGAAAGCUUUUCCUGCUUUCUUUAUCAUGAUAACUUUUAUUCACUUCAUAUUUUUGUUUAAGUUGAGAUACUUGCUGGUAA